AAUAGCCGUCUUGGUCUUGUCUAUACGUGUUUUCUGAUGUGAAUAACUUUGGGAAAUACACAAAAAAUAUUUUAAAAAGCAUAAUUAUAUGUAACAUUAUAAACAUAUUGCUGUAAAAUUGAGAUAACAAGUUAUUUUACGUACUAUUACAGAUUUGUCUAAAUCUAUACUAGUGUGUAGUGCAUAAUGAUAAACUUUUAAUAUUAAAAUAAUGGCUUCUACUGAAGACGACGAAGUAAUCCGACAGGCUUUUAUGAUAAAACGUUCUCAGAAUAAGAAGAUAUUCACCCCUGUAAACUACAAGGAACGCUGUUUUGUUCUUACAAGAAAAUCACUUAUUUACUAUGACACUGAUGGCCAAAAACGUAAAGAACGCGGGCGUAUACCAACAGACGCCAUUCAUACGGUGGAACAAGCACAGCUAGGAGAGCUCACUAAGCAAAUACUGUAUAUAGGCGACAACGAAAAGAGUCCUGCCUACAGGUAUCCGUUCCAGGUGGGCUACACGGAACAGAACACGGACUACACCUUGUAUCUUGCGGCACGAGAGCAUAGUGAAAGAUUGAACUGGAUCCACGAAAUUAGAAAAUUGUGUAUAUCGAACACUCGCCGUGCCCGCUACCACCCCGAGGUGUGGUCGGCGCGCCGCUGGGCGUGCUGCGACGCGGAGCGCCGCUCGGCGCCGGGCUGCGCCCUCGCCUCCAUCUGGCCACUACCGGAGCCCGACCUCGAGCUCAUCCUCCAGGAACACGAACCUACGAACAACAAAAACGAUAUACUGGUCGCGUCGGCUGUCACCAUGCCUGGGGGAGGCGGUGCGCCGCCGGGAACACCAUCAGCAAAACCUAAGGUAAAUAACUCCCCUAUAAUAAAUAUCGUGGUUGCCUUAUACCCUUUUAAAGCUAUCGAGAGCGGCGACCUUUCAUUGGAAAAGGGAGCAGAAUAUGAAGUCAUUGAUGAUUCACAGGAACAUUGGUGGAAAGUUAAAGAUGAAAAUGGAUGUGUUGGAUACAUUCCAAGUAAUUAUGUUAAGGAAAAGGAGACGAUAGGAUUACAAAAAUAUGAAUGGUACGUAGGCGAGAUGUCUCGACAGAGAGCGGAAUCAUUACUCAAACAAGAGGACAAAGAGGGCUGUUUCGUCGUACGGAACUCGUCGACUAAGGGAAUGUACACGCUCUCUUUAUAUACCAAAGUAAACCACCCACAGACUAAACACUAUCACAUAAAACAAAACGCUCGCGGCGAAUUCUAUCUGUCCGACAAGCAUUGCUGUUCGAGUAUUCCUGAAUUAAUAAAUUACCACAAGCACAACAGCGGUGGAUUAUGUUCAAGGCUGAAGGCGACUCCUUGCGAUAGACCGGCGCCCCCCACCGCUGGACUUUCACAUGACAAGUGGGAGAUCGACCCCGGAGAGCUGGUGCUGCUGGAGGAGCUGGGCGCCGGCCAGUUCGGUGUGGUGCGGCGCGGGCGCUGGCGCGGCCGCACCGACACUGCCGUCAAGAUGAUGAAGGAGGGCACCAUGUCCGAGGACGACUUCAUCGACGAGGCCAAGGUCAUGACUAAACUCCAGCACCAGAACCUCGUGCAGUUGUACGGCGUGUGCUCGAAGCACCGGCCCAUCUACAUAGUGACGGAGUACAUGCGGCACGGCUCUCUCUUCAACUACCUGCGCCGCACGUCGCCCGACCAGCUCGGGCCGGCUGUCCUGCUCGAUAUGUGUAUACAGGUUUGCAAAGGCAUGGCAUACUUAGAAAGACAUAAUUACAUUCAUCGGGAUUUAGCUGCGAGAAAUUGCUUAGUAGGAGACGAAAACGUUGUGAAGGUCGCAGAUUUCGGCCUAGCGCGAUACGUCUUAGAUGACCAGUACACGAGUUCUGGUGGUACAAAAUUUCCUAUAAAAUGGGCACCACCUGAAGUUCUAAAUUACACGCGAUUUUCUUCCAAAUCCGACGUCUGGGCCUUUGGAGUUUUAAUGUGGGAGGUAUUUACUUGUGGCAAAGUACCAUACGGUCGAAUGAAGAACUCUGAAGUAGUGGAUAUGGUCCAAAGAGGACAGGUGCUCGAGAAACCUAAGGGUUGUUUAAACGAAAUUUAUAAUGUGAUGAAGGCGUGCUGGCGCCACGCGCCCGAGGAGCGGCCGUCGUUCCGCCUGCUCAAGGAGGAGCUGGCCGGCGUGGCGCAGAGCGUGCUGGCCGACUGA